AAAGCAAGUGGCAAGUAAACGGGCGGUUUUGGUCAUUGGAGGGUCGUCGGUCAGUGCCGUGACCGCUGCAGCAAGCCAGCAAACCAACUGCUUGCUCGCCAACAAUAGCUUUUAGCAAGCAACUGAUCUGCUGGCUCACUUCCCAAUUCCAACUUGCUUUUAUUUAUUAGUAUUAUCUGUUAUAGCUUAUUAGUAUCGUAUCCACAAGCAAAGCUCACAUUUUCUCCAUCAGCUGCUGCCCGCUCUCAACCUCACUGCUACUUCGAUGGCGUCGAAGCUCUGCCUCGCCGUCGCCGUCCUUUUCCUUUCAGUCGCCGCCUUCCAUUUGCAGGUCUCAGCAAUAGAUUCCAAGCUCAAGCUGGGUUCAAGGAUCCUUAAGGAGUCAAUUGUUGAUGUAGUCAAUGGAAAUCCCAGUGCUGGAUGGAAAGCUGAAAUGAGCCCCCGCUUCUCUAAUUACACGGUUGCUCAGUUCAAGUACCUUCUGGGAGUCAAACAAACACCCAAGAAGGAACUCCUGGGAGUUCCAGUCAUGAGACAUCCGAAGUCCAAGGCGCUGCCAAUGGAAUUCGAUGCUAGAAUAGCUUGGCCUCAAUGUGCCACUCUUCAUAGAAUUCUAGGCUAGUUGCUUUCUUGUUCCUUCUCCUUGUUUAUCUCUCCUCUUUUGUAUGAAGCUGACAUUUGAUGCUGUGUUCCAUGUUUGUAUCCCUUAAUGGGUCAAUUUCACAUUGAAGAUCAGGGUCACUGUGGAUCUUGCUGGGCAUUCGGUGCUGUUGAAGCAUUAUCCGACCGGUUUUGCAUUAAUUUUGGCAUGAACAUAUCCUUGUCUGCCAAUGAUCUCUUAGCCUGCUGUGGCUUCAGAUGCGGCGACGGUUGUGAUGGAGGGUAUCCUAUUGAUGCCUGGAAGUACUUUGUCCAGAAUGGUGUAGUAACCGAAGAGUGUGAUCCCUACUUUGAUGACAUUGGCUGCUCCCACCCUGGAUGUGAGCCAGUCUACCCAACUCCAAAGUGUUCGAGGAAGUGUGUUGACAAAAACCAGCUGUGGAAGGAGGACAAGCACUUCGGAGUAAAUGCUUAUAGGGUCGACUCUUCUGAUGUCUCUAACAUCAUGACUGAAGUUUCUCAGAAUGGUCCAGUUGAGGUUGCAUUCACAGUUUAUGAGGACUUUGCUUACUAUAAAUCAGGAGUUUACAAGCACAUAACCGGUGGUGUUAUGGGAGGCCAUGCUGUUAAGCUUAUCGGAUGGGGAACUUCUGAAGAUGGGGAAGAUUACUGGCUGCUUGCCAAUCAGUGGAACAGGAGCUGGGGUGAAAAUGGAUACUUCAAGAUUAGGAAAGGAACAAAUGAGUGUGGGAUUGAAGAGGAUGUGGUGGCUGGGCUGCCUUCUACCAAGAAUCUGGUUAAUUAUAUUGUUAGCAGCAGCAGCUCUGAUGCUGCUGAUAAUGGAGAUGUGGCCGCAGCUUGAUACAUUUAGACGAGGAUAUUUUACUUGGAACAGAUGGAUAUUAUGAUUAUUGGCAGCUGAUAAUCGAUGAUGUAGUUCCUUCGGGGACAUCCGAUAAAAUCGGAACGAUCCGAUAAUUGAUGAUGUAUGUAUCCACAGCCAUGGCGUGGAUAAAGAUACCCGUGUAAUGCAUAAUGAAGGGAGCCUGCCUUAAUCCUUUCUGAUAGUUUGCUUCCCGGGUCCAAAACAAGAAAUGUCAUGAGAUGAAAUGGAAAUAGUAAUCAAAAUGAAAUGUUGUAAUGCCUUAAUCCUGCC